AUGAAGAGGUAAAUUUCACUCCAAUAUUCUAGAUAAACCUAGCAGAAUGAGGCAAUACCAGAACUUCAAUUUCUCAUCAGAUUGAAAGAAUUUAAUUGUGUUCCCAUUCUCAUGACUCAUGGGGAGUAAGUGAUCAAGGGGUUCAAUUACCAUUACUAAAUCAUGGAACGACACGGUCCUUCCAUUAAACUUAUAUACAAUUAUUUAUCUAGAAAUAUACCAUUGCCCAUUAUAUGUUUGAUUGCCAUUUAAACAGUACCUACCCAUGUAUAUUCUUAGCUUACUUGUCUGGAGAUUGUCCAUAAACAUCAGAUUGUUCAUAGAAAUCUAAGGCCCAAGAAAUUGCUGCUUUCAACAAAUGGAAAUUAAAUUUUAUUAGGUGAUUUCAAAUAUGCUUGCAAAUUUAAAAAAUUACAUGGAGCAUUUAUGGUAAACGAAGGUUACAAAUUAAAUUCAAACAAAUUAUUUCUAAACAAAUAUUCAAGUGUAAACCAACAUCUCAAUUAAAUUCCAACUCCAAAAGAUGAUCUUGAAUCCUUAGCCUACAUAUUACUUAUCUAUGCUUCCAAUUCCGAUAUAUUCAAAAUUAAGGCAGAAAAUAGAACACUUAAACUUAAAAAAUUGGAGAACCUCAAAUUGUCAAUUAUUCCUGAAAUUGCUUUUAAAUAAGUGCCCCUUGAAUUCAUUCACUUCUUGCAUCUUGUGAGGACCAGUAAUGCGAACGAUUAUCCAUAAGAUUACGAGAAAUUUAAACAGCUUUUUAGAAAAAUCAUAUUAGCCAAUGGCUACACUGAAAAGGAACUCUCAUAUCCCUUGCUUCAUAUGAAUAUGCAAGAAAAAAGUCAAUUGACACAAUUCCAAAGUUAAACUAACAAAUUCAAAAAAAUGUAACAUCAAAAAAGGAGUUCAGAAUCCAUUAAGGAAGAAGAUGCGGAUGAUGAGAUCUCGGUCUAUUAAAUCGAAUAGACCGGAGAGGACAGAACCAUAGAACCCUUAAUUAAAUAAUUAGAAACAAAGAAAUUUAAACACAUUUCCUAAUUAAACUAACCUUAAGUUGGAUCAUAAAUUGUAAAACUUAAAUUUACUAAAAAAUGA